AUGAGUAGCUCCAUUGCUGUGGUCCUCGCUCUUACGUGGGGUGGCGUGCAAUAUCCCUGGAGCUCUGCACAGAUAUUGGCACCACUCAUCAUAGGUCUUCCUGGUCUGUUGUUGUUUCUGCUGUACAAAGCAAAGGUUGCGAAGCAUCCUAUGAUUCCCAUCUCACUUCUGUCCAAUCGUAUGAGCUUCAGUGGCUAUGCACAGACAUUCAUAUUUUCCAUAAUGAACGGAAACUUCAUGCCAGUGCUCUUCCAGGCUAGCUGGGGUGCAUCACCUAUUCGCUCCAGAAUCCUAUUAUUUGGGUUUGCCCUGGCCAUUGGUCUGUUUGUCGUUCUCUGCACGGUGAGCAUAACAGCGACGAAGACGUACCAAGCACAGCUCUGGAUCGGAUGGGCGGCCUGCCUCGCUGACCUUGGGAUCCUGGCAAUGCUGGACGAAUGCACCGACAUUGCACGCGCAACUGGCGGGCUUCUUGUCUUCGGUCUCAGCAGCAGCCUAAUUUAUGCGGCAACCUACUUUUCUGUGUUGGCCCCACUCCCUACUAUGAAGAACACCCACGCGAUGGCUUUCUUCCAGUUCCUCCAGUUAUUCGCCACUGUCUGGGGAGCAACUAUCAGCACAGCUGUUCUGCAGACACAGCUCAAGAAGCAGCUGCCUGCAGAGUUCGUUAAUGAACUCCCUGGUGGCAUUGCAAUCGUGUACUCUGCCAUCACUGUCAUACUGAGUCUGCCUGAGCCACUGCACACGCAAGUGCGUGCUGCAUUCGCGGACAGCAUCUGCAUACUCUGGCAGGUUUUCGUCAGCAUUGGUGCUAUUGGUACCCUGGUGUCACUUCUGAUGAAGGGACUGCUGCUGCACACGGAGGUUGACAAACAGUGGGGGAUGGAGCAAAAAGAGGGCAAGGGGACAAUUGGCGAGGGACAGGCUCAGGUUGUGGCUCUCGAGAUUGAGCCGGACCUCAAUUACUCAGUAAAUCAGGUGGACUAG